GGCGGUGGCGGCGGCGAUGGCAGCGGUGGCUGAGCGGGCUUAAGGGCUCGAACCCGGCUCCCUCCCGCGCGAUCUCGGGACUGACCCGGCGCUGCGGCCCCAGCUCUCUCCACUCCUGCUCCCUCCCCGGCCGCUGUCGGGGCGGAGGCAGAAGCCCGGGCUGGCCGCCCAGUUCGUGCCCCGGCUCGGCCCCGGACGGCCCGGCUGCUGUGCGGAGAGGAGGCCGAGUCGGUAGUGAAAAGAGAAUACUGAAGAAUAGGAUCUCAAGAUGAGUAAAAAGCCCCCAAAUCGUCCUGGAAUCACUUUUGAGAUUGGUGCUCGUUUGGAGGCACUGGACUACUUACAAAAAUGGUAUCCAUCACGAAUUGAAAAAAUAGACUAUGAGGAGGGCAAGAUGUUGGUCCAUUUUGAGCGCUGGAGUCAUCGUUAUGACGAGUGGAUUUACUGGGAUAGCAAUAGAUUGCGACCCCUUGAGAGACCAGCACUAAGAAAAGAAGGGCUAAAAGAUGAGGAAGAUUUCUUUGAUUUUAAAGCCGGAGAGGAAGUUCUGGCUCGUUGGACAGACUGUCGCUAUUACCCUGCCAAGAUUGAAGCAAUUAACAAAGAAGGAACAUUCACAGUUCAGUUUUAUGAUGGAGUAAUUCGUUGCUUAAAAAGAAUGCACAUUAAAGCCAUGCCCGAGGAUGCUAAGGGGCAGUUUCUGUUCCAGGUGAAAUCCCAGCAUCCACUAAGCUGGUGUUGUCCUAUCGACCCAGCUGGAUCGUGUAACCAGUCUAUGGGAAGUGAGGAUUGGAUAGCUUUAGUGAAAGCAGCUGCUGCAGCUGCAGCCAAGAAUAAAACAGGGAGUAAACCUCGAACCAGUGCUAACAGCAAUAAAGAUAAAGACGAGAGAAAAUGGUUUAAAGUACCUUCAAAGAAGGAAGAAACUUCGACUCCUUCAGCCACACCAGAGGUUGAGAAGAAGGAAGAUCUGCCCACAUCUAGUGAAACAUUUGUAGGACUUCAUGUAGAGCACGUUCCAAAGAUGGUCUUUCCACAGCCAGAGAGCACGUUAUCAAACAAGAGGAAAAAUAAUCAAGGCAACUCAUUUCAGGCAAAGAGAGCUCGACUUAACAAGAUUACUGGUUUGUUGGCAUCCAAAGCUGUUGGGGUGGAUGGUGCUGAAAAAAAGGAAGACUCCAGUGAAACGGCUCCAAUGCUGGAGCAGGCGAUUUCACCUAAACCUCAAAGUCAGAAAAACAAUGAAGCUGACAUUAGCAGUUCUGCCAACACUCAGAAACCUGCACUGUUAUCCUCAACUUUGUCUUCAGGGAAGGCUCGCAGCAAGAAAUGCAAACAUGAAUCUGGAGAGUCUUCUGGGUGUAUAAAACCCCCUAAAUCACCACUUGCCCCAGAGUUAACACAAGUCGAGGAUUUGACGCUUGUAUCUCAGCUUUCUUCUUCAGUGAUAAAUAAAACUAGUCCUCCACAGCCUGUGAACCCCCCUAGACCUUUCAAGCAUAGUGAGCGGAGAAGAAGAUCUCAGCGCUUAGCCACCUUGCCCAUGGCUGAUGAUUCUGUAGAAAAGGUCUCUGCUCCCUCUCCAGCCACUGAUGGGAAAGUAUUCUCCAUCAGUGCCCCAAACCCGCACGAGUCUUCAGUACCAGAGGUGCCUGAUGUUGCACAUUUGUCACUUGAGAAGCUGGGACCUUGUCUCCCUCUUGAUUUAAGUCGUGGUUUGGAAGUUACAGCACCAGUAGUCCCAGAUCCCUCUUACCGUAAUGAGUUCCCCAGGGUGGAAAAGGAAGAGGCACAGAUGCUUACAUACCCUUCUUCCAAAGCGGUAGCUGAUGGAAGAGGAGCUCCAACAGCAUCAGGAAUAUCGAAAACAGAAAAAAAAGUGAAAUUGGAAGAAAAAAGCUCCACAACAUUUGGUAAGAGAAAAGAAAAGGAUAAGGAAAGAAAAGAGAAGAGAGACAAGGGUCCCUACAAACCAAAACAGAAGAAGAAGAAAAAAAAGAAAAAGAAAUCUAAGCAACAUGACUAUUCAGACUAUGAAGACAGUUCCUUAGAAUUUCUGGAAAGGUGCUCUUCUCCACUAACUCGAUCUUCUGGGAGUUCUCUGGCUCUGCGAAGCAUGUUCACGGAGAAAAAUACAACUUAUCAGUACCCAAGGGCAAUUCUGUCAGUUGAUCUUAGUGGUGAAAACUUAUCAGAUGUGGACUUCCUGGAUGAUUCUUCAACAGAGAGCUUGCUUCUAAGUGGGGAUGAGUACAAUCAGGACUUCGAUUCAACCAAUUUUGAGGAAUCUCAGGAUGAAGAUGAUGCUAUUAAUGAAAUUGUGCGAUGUAUUUGUGAAAUGGAUGAGGAGAACGGCUUCAUGAUUCAGUGUGAAGAGUGUCUGUGCUGGCAGCACAGCGUGUGCAUGGGGCUGCUGGAGGACAGCAUUCCGGAGCAGUAUAUCUGCUACGUUUGCAGAGACCCCCCUGGUCAGAGGUGGAGUGCAAAAUAUCGUUGUGAUAAAGAGUGGCUGAAUAAUGGGAGAAUGUGUGGGUUAUCCUUUUUAAAAGAAAAUUAUUCUCAUCUCAAUGCCAAAAAGAUCAUUUCCACCCAUCAUCUGCUGGCUGAUGUCUAUGGUGUUACAGAAGUACUGCACGGCUUACAGCUGAAAAUCGGAAUACUAAAGAAUAAACAUCAUCCUGACCUUCAUCUCUGGGCUUGUUCUGGGAAGCGAAAAGACCAAGAUCAAGUAAUUGCUGGGGUAGAGAAAAAAAUGACAGUGCAAGGCAUGGUUAAUCUAGAAGAAAAGACAUAUCAUGUUCAGAACCAUAAAGAACCACCUUGUUUGCCCCCGAAAAUGGAAGGAACUUACAUAACAAGUGAGCACAGCUACCAGAAGCCCCAGAGUUUCGGUCAGGACUGCAAGUCUCUUGCAGAUCCUGGGAGCUCAGAUGAUGAUGAUGUCAGUAGUUUUGAAGACGAACAAGAAUUUCACAUGAGAGAGAAAAACCGUUUACAGUUCUCAGUAAAGGAAGAUGGAAUGCCAGAAAAGAAGAAUCCAGCUGAAGGGAAUACAGUAUUUGUUUAUAAUGAUAAAAAGGGCACUGAAGACCCAGGAGACUCCCAUCUUCAAUGGCAGCUCAAUCUCCUCACACACAUAGAAAAUGUGCAGAAGGAAGUUACCAGCAGGAUGGACCUAAUAGAAAAAGAAGUUGAUGUUCUGGAGAGCUGGCUUGAUUUCACAGGGGAGUUGGAGCCACCAGACCCUCUUGCAAGACUGCCACAACUUAAACGCCACAUAAAACAGCUACUAAUUGACAUGGGCAAAGUACAACAAAUAGCAACUCUGUGCUCUGUAUGACAACAGUGAGAACUUAAUGAAAAGAAGGCGGCUCUCCUGUCCAGUCAUUUUUAUUAUCCACAUGAUCGCUAAGUGGAUCGUUCAGAAGCUUAGUAGUGCUUGUCAUUUACUGAUUUGUAACAUCACUAGGAUGACACCUUAGAAAGGAAAAUGAAAAACAACUUUAUCAAGAAAGCUAAUAUGAAACAAAAAUUCCAUGAGCAAAGCUGCAAAUGGUGAUGUGCUUAAAUGCCAAGGAUCAGUGAGGUAGAAUAUAAUCUAUGCUAAGAGAAUUGAGUUGGCAGGAUUUUUGAAUAGUUGCUUACAUGAAGCUUGAGAUAUCUGUAGAAAGAAAUAUGGUGUAUUUAUAUAGUUCUUAGUAGACAGAUUUCAGAUUUAUAAACCAGCAUUUGGCCAAAAACAAAAUUGUAGAGGAAAUUCCAAUUCUGAAGAGUUGUACAAGGUUGCUAUAAGAAGUCUCCUCUGGGACUGAUCCCGCUGCACAGAAGUUGAGGGUAUUUAAACUUUUAUAGGAUCAUGUGCUGUGUCUUGGGUGAUGACUGUCCUUCAUCAGAAAACUGACGGUAGAGCUCUCACUCCUGGGGAACACACUUGUGGAAGUCUUACUUCAUUAUGAAUACAUUUGAAAAACAAUCACCAGAUAAUUGGAACUUACUGCAGGCAUUAAGCUCAUUAAAAAUAAAAUGGCUUCUAGAAGGCUCACAUGUGCCAAAUGAUGAUGAUACUGCUGGGAAGAGAAUUUUAAAUCUUGUGGGAGUUCUCCCACCCCCAAGUCUUACAUAAUGCCAUCAGUCCAUCAAAAACAUAUGUCAUGUGUAUAAUAUAGUAUUUUAUAUAUAUAUAUAUAUAUAUAUAUAUAUAUAAUACAUAUAUAUAUAUAUAUAGUUGAAUUGCAGUGUUCAGGCUUCAACAUACAGUUUGAUCCUGAGUAUGCUUGGUGUUUGCCUUCAGAAAAAUAUAAACAACCUCAGCUGGGAUGAGGAGUGACAAGAAUAUCAAAAUAAUUUGUGGCUGUGGAUUUUUUAACUGCUAGUAGUAGAAUACUGGAAAAGCUUCAUUGGUGAAGAUGAAUUUUAUUUUUAAAAAAUACACGCACACUCAACACCUUUAGCAUUGGUCACAAAUGGACAAAUUUCUGAAACCAAAGGCAACUAAGUUGCCGUGUUAGCUCUUGCUGGAUUUUGAGCCUAGGUCCUGCCGUCUGCCAGUGCUCACGUGAGUUGUGUGUCCCCGGUGCCCUGUACGCAUGUCUGCGUAAGUGUGUAUGCUUGUUUUAAACAAACACUCAACGUACAUAUGUACAUAAUCUGCACAUAUUUAUAUCUACACAUAUCUAGUUUUAUUACUAUAGACUAUAAGAAUUGGUGGUUAACAUGAAAUGUUACCUUUUAACAGACCGUUUUUAAAAAUUAAAAAUGUAUGUACAGGUUUUGAAAUUUUUUUAAACGGGGAAAAAAGACUUAGGAGGCUAUUUGAUGACAUAUAACACUUGAAUAUUUUAUGCCUCAUUCUGUUUAUCAGUUCUUGCAGUCUGUAUAAAUGCGUUUUAGAACUGAUAGACAGUAAACUUGAAUUUAUCUUUGGUAAGAAUACAUGCCACUGUACAUUCAGAUAUUAUUUAAAUUUGCAAACACACUGUCCUAUAUGUAAUGUACUGUAUGUAAAACUCUUUAUUAAAACUAUUCCACAUAUCCCAAAAUUUCAUCUUGCCUUUUUGCGGCCUUAUAUUUUGAUGUAAAGAUGAUUAAAAGAAUGUGCAAAACAGUUAACACAAAUCUUUAUUGCCUUUCGAGUUUCUCCACCUUGACAAAUGCGCCGAAGAUAGACAAACAUAAAAUACAGUCCUGUGUAUUUACUUGUGAUGCAUUAACUUUGUCAUAAAGAUCGUACAGAUAAAUGAAAAGCUUUCACAGAAGUGAUAUUGUGGGGGUAGUUGGCUUAAAUUUGCGUAUUAAAGUAAAAAGAAAUAGUGCCUUUAUUCCAUGUGUGGAGUAAAUUUGCUAAUGUCUAUAUUUCAAACUUAACGUCUUUCUUUUGUGUUUAACAAUAAUGGCUCUCAUGUUUUCCUUACUGUGGCUAAAUUCUUAACAUUGAAUUUAUGUCUUCUUUUCCCAGAAAUGAAGCAAAUAGCAUUCUUAAGUUAUCAAUAGGGCUGUUGACUAGAUUCUGUCAUACACAGAAGACCCUUUAUACCCAGUAAUACUCAUCUCAGUCCCUGAUGACCACAUGUACAAUUGUUCUUGCAGUCUUAAAAUUCUAUCAGUUUGUGUUAGCAGACAACAAACUGAAAGUUCCAUUAAUAAUUACUGAAAGUUUUUCUCUGUUUAAUA